AAUAUUCUGAUUCCGAAUUACUUGAGCUAAACUAGUUAUAUUUUUAGUACAAUGUGGAAGAGUAUUUGAUAGUAUAGUUUAAAUUGUGGUACUAUGUGCUUAACUACUAUUAUCUGAAGGUUAUUUUUGUAGGUCAAUAAAUUUAAUUUUUUUGCUUAUCGUGUUUCAUAGAGGUGGUUUUGUUACUGGAACAUUUUUAAUAUUUGCAAUUGUGAUUUUUUGAUACAAGAUUAUCAUUACAAUGAAAUUAUACCAAACCGUUAUUGAAGAUACUAUAAAUAGCUCUCGAGAAUUUUUUGCAGAAGAAGGUAUUGAUGAUCAAAUUUUAAUGGAAUUACGUCAGUCAUGGGAGUCUAAAGUGAUGGCUAGUAAAGCAGUGGAUGCUCCACCCCCUCAAGAACUUACUCAGCUUCCUAAAACUGUUCCUUCAAAUGUUGUUAAGCAAAAUAAGAGCCAAUAUACUCCUACAAUAGUCAAUAAUAGCGUUCAUCAAUUAAAAAUGGUGCAGCAACAGAAAAUACAGCAACAGCAACAACAACCACAACAACAGCCACUAUCACAACCAACACCACAAUCACAAUCUCAACAAAACUCUAUAGUUUUACCUGCAGAUUAUGCAAAUAAAUAUGUUCCGAUUCAAAUAACUUUACCAGCACAGGCUGGUUCCCAAGAUUCUGGAUCUAGAGUUCUUUCUAUUCAAGUUCCAAGCUCUGCCAUACAAGGUAAUAUGCUACAGAGUAUACUUAGUGGUCCGGUAAUAACUAACAGUAUGGCACUGCCUACACAUCUAGCUACAUCACUUUUACAACAGCAUGUGAAUAGUGUUCUUUCUGCUCAGACAAUUUCAGGUGUUCAAACUGCUCAACCAGAGUUUUUACAACAACAACAACUACAACAGCAGCAACAACAACAACAACAACAACAACAACAACAAAAUAACCAACCAUUUAUUAGUGGGAAUGGAACUGGUGGUGUUAAGAGAACUAUUACUCAAAUAGAUGGAGCUAAUGAUUCUUCUACAUCAGAUGAUGAUGAUGAUGAUGAUGAUGAUGAUGAUAUUGAUGAUGAAAUUGGUGAUAAUGAUGAUGAUGAUGAUGAAGAUGAAGACAAAGAACAAAACAGUGCUUCUGAUGCUGAGCCUUUAAAUUCUGGUGAUGAUGUGAGUGACGUUGAUAAUGGAGAUUUGUUUGAUACUGAUAAUGUUAUUGUAUGUCAAUACGAUAAGAUUACUCGAAGCAGGAAUAAAUGGAAGCUUUAUUUCAAGGAUGGUAUUAUGAGUUUAAAUGGUUAUGAUUACGUUUUUCAAAAAGCAACUGGCGAUGCUGAGUGGUAAUAAGGGUACAUAUGUGUUGUAAUUAUAAUAAUGUUAACUAUUGUUAAUUUUGAUAAUGUUUAAUUACUUGUCUUAAAUUAAUUAUUUUUU